AUGGAGCUUGCCGCCAUGGCCGUGAGGGUGCCGGAGCACGUGCUCGACGACGGCGGCGGUGACGGCGGGCUCAGCAGCAGAGGGGCCUUCUUCGCGCGGCGGCGGGGGCCGCCUAGCUACUUCUCCUCCUCCUCCUCCUUUUCCGGCGCCCCCGCCGACCCGGCGUCCAGCGAGGCCAUGGCGGCGCUGCUGCGCCGGGUAGUGCUGCCAGAGCCGGAGACAACGAGGAGGGAGGAUUGCUGCGCCGUGUGCCUUGACGGCUUGGAGGACACCGGCACCGGUGCCGGCGAGCCGGCGGCGGUCAGGAGCAUGCCGUGCUCGCACUCGUUCCACGAGGGCUGCAUCUUCCGGUGGCUCGCCGUCAGCCGCGUCUGCCCCUGCUGCCGCUUCCCGCUGCCCUCCGCCGCCGCCGCCGGUGCUGGAACCGGAAAAAGAACCAACUGA